AUGGACACGCUCCAAAUAAUCAACAAAACGCUCGAAUAUUUCGGACACGAUUAUUUCGGAAAUGAGCCGAACCGAUCGACAAAAGUUUCUCAUCGAAAAAAAGUUGUGCUAAGAGUUCUGUACAAUUCGCUGCUGAAAAUCCCAGCCGGUCCAUUUGUGAAUGGGUUUAAAUUGAGUUAUUUGGCUGGGAAAAUGAUGGAGAGGAGAGAUAAUUUGCUCCGUUGGUUCAAAAGAAGACGAUUUGAAGAUACGGAAAAUAAACUUCGUUUCAGUCAAAUGGCACAUCUUGAGAAAUUUACUUCAAGAACAUCAAGUUUUGGAACUCCAGAAUCCUCAACCAACGUCACCGAUUUUUCCAGAAGAACUUCAUUUUCUGGAGAGGAUUUUUCUGAUGAGUUAGAGGAAUCGAGAUGUCAAAAAACUGGGGAAAUCCUGGAAAAUUCUGAAACUACUCCACCAUGUUAUAUCAAUGGAAACGUCCAAACGUCCUGUAAUGAAUGUUUUAAAAAAUCGAAAUUGUAUAAACUUUUAAAGGAUUCAGAUGACUCUUUUUGA